CCAGCCCCUUUUGUUCCCGGCAGGCCCUGCGGGAAAGAUGGCGGCGUCCGGGUACAGUUCUAGAGGAACCCUGAUCGGAAUGGCGUUGGCGUCUAGGCCCGCACAGCGGGCCUUCCUUGGCUCUGGACAGCUUGGCUUUGGGGCCUGCGGGAUCCCGAGACGCGAGGCGUACGAAUGGGGAGUGCGCUCCACCAGGAAACCUGAGCCUCCCCCACUGGACAGGGUAUAUGAGAUCCCCGGACUGGAGCCCAUCACCUACGCUGGAAAGAUGCACUUCGUGCCUGGGCUGGCGCGGCCUGUCUUUCCGCCCUGGGACCGCGGUUGGAAGCACCCAAGGUACCACCGCUCUCCCCCGAUCCACGAGCAGCCGCUGUACAAGGAAGAGCCAUGCUACAUCUUCCACCAGCGUUGCCGUCUCCUCGAGGGAGUGAAGCAGGCUCUCUGGCUGACCAAGACCAAGCUAAUAGAAGGCCUUCCUGAGAAAGUUUCCAGCCUUGUUGACGAGCAGCAGAACCACAUAGAGAACCAAGAUGAGCGUGUUCUGAAUAUUAUCUCUCACGCCCGUCUCUGGCACUCCAUGGAGGACAUUCCCAAGAGAGAGACCUACUGCCCAAUCAUUGUGGACAGCUUGCUUCAGCUGUGUAAAUCCCAGAUUCUCAAGUACCCUUCUGUGGCCAGGCGGAUUUGUGCCAAAAACCACUCGUUAUCUGCCGCUUGGACUCGAGAGUCUGUUCUCCUUCAGGUCCGAGGUACUAGUGGCAUCCGACUGAGUGCCAAGGAUCCUCUGCCCCCCAUCGCCUCCAGAGAGGAGGUCGAAGCCACUCGGAAUCAUGUUCUGGAGACUUUCUACCCCAUAUCCCCCACGAUUGAUCUUCAGGAGUGCCAUGUAUACGACCUGAAGGAUGACACAGGGUUCCAGGAGGGCUAUCCCUACCCCUACCCCCACACUCUAUACCUCAUGGAGACAGCCGACUUGCAGCCACACCGCUUUCAUCCAGAGCAGCUGCGGGCCAAGAUGAUCCUUUUUGCUUUUGGCAGUGCCCUGGCACAGGCACGGCUCCUGUACGGGAAGGACAGCAAGGUCUUGGAGCAGCCUAUAGUUGUGCAGAGUGUGGGCACGGAUGGACGGGUCUUCCAGUUCCUCGUGCUACAGUUAAACACCACAGAUCUGGCCUCGAAUGAGGGCAUCAAGAACUUGGUCUGGGUGGACUCGGACCAGCUCCUCUAUCGGCACUUCUGGUGUCGCCCCGUGAUCAAAAAGAAGGUGGUAGUGAAUUUGAUCACAGCACCAGGCAUGUUGCUGUGGUCAGUUGGCCACCACUUCGUCCUGCAGCGGCAGCCCUGCCAUCCCACCCACCACCCGACCCUUGACCUGCCUGCCUUCAUUCCUGCUGCCCCACCACAGCUGCCUGUGCUGUUCUCGGAGGCUUUCUGGCCCAUUCCCGCCCUUCCCUGUGUGCGAGAGCCGGUUGGGCCUGUUGACUUCCAGCCAGAGACCUUCAGGAAGUUCUUAGCUCUGUAUCUGCACGGAUGUCCUGAGCCCUGACGUUUCUCCUCCUAAGGAGCCUGCACUCUGGGCGGUGCCCAGGGUCUCUGUGUCCACUUGGCCCGGUACUUUCUCUGGCAAUAAAGAGCCCUUGGCUGCCCUGGAA